CAGAGUGCGCGGUGGUUUCAGAGAGGAGGUGGCAGAUGCCUCUUCGAAACAGCAGUCAACUGUCGUCUACCUACGACCUGUUUUUACUCUCAUACUGCUGAAAAGCAGCUGUUGGGAUGCCAAAGAAGUUCCAGGGCGAGAACUCCAAGGCGGCCACAGCCAGAGCCCGCAAGGCCGAGGCCAAGGCAGUGGCAGACGCCAAGAAGAAGCAACAGGAAGAGGAUGCUCUGUGGCAGGAAACAGACAAACAUGUUCUCAAAAAAGAGCAAAGAAAGGAUGACAAAGAGAAGAAGAGGGCCGAGGCUCUGGAGAGAAAAAAGGAAAACGCACGACUUCUCGACGAGGAGAGCUCUACCAUAAAAGGCAAAUCCCAGAGGGAGGCUGGACCUGGAGGAAAAGUCACACGUGCCCAGAUCGAAGAGGUGCUUCAGAACGAGCAACAGCAACAAGAGGAUAAAGAGCUCAAGCCAAAAGAAAAGAGCCACCUGGAGACUCCACUGGAGGAGAACGUGAACAGAAUUAUCCCAGAAGAAGGAACUGUGGAAGCUAGGACAAUAGAAGAUGCCAUCUCUGUUCUCAGCACCGGGCCUGAGGACCUGGACAAACACCCAGAGCGUAGGAUGAAAGCAGCAUUUGCUGCCUAUGAGGAGGCCAACAUGCCUCGGCUAAAACAGGAGAACCCCAACAUGAGGCUGUCGCAGCUGAAGCAACAGUUGAAGAAGGAGUGGAUGAAGUCUCCGGAGAACCCCCUGAACCAACGCUUUGCCACCUACAACACAAAGUGAAUGCACUGUUUCCCCACAUAACUCCAUUUGAAAACUGUCUGCCUAUCCACAUAGGAGCCUAACAUAAAAAAAAUUGAAUAAUUCAAUUUAAAAACGAGUGUUGCUUCUCGCCCUGAGAGAAUCUCUCUAAUGCCAGAUGACUCAGCUUGGUUGUUCCAUUCACUAGCAAGGAGAAGCUCAUUUUCCCUGUAAAGGUCACAAGUGAUCAUCAUGCCUGUGCAUGUGGCCUCUAAUGUGGCACUUAGCUAGCAGCUAAUGAAUUUAAUUACAUAUAUUUUUUCUUCUAGCACUUGUGGGGAGGUGGGAAGCCAGAUGUUUUGAGAGCAACUUAUUAAAGUUCAACACUCAAUCAUCAA